AUGUUCACGCUCUCACUCCUCAGCCGAGGACAUGGGAAGUCGGUCCAGAACAAACAGAAGCUAGAAGUCUAUUUUGAACCAGAGGAUUAUUUGAACUGGAAGUCCCCAGAAGAUUAUGUCCUAGUUCGCAGACCACAAGAUGAGAGUGACGACCCCCAGGACUCCUGGAGCCUCUUUCUUCCAAAAACUUUCAGCACUCGAAAGGGCGCCCUCAUCCUCUACUCAGAAGGGUUAGCCAUAUCAGCAUGGACACCAGAAGAGAGAAGAAAAGGCAUCUACCAUUCCAAAGGCCACAGGAAGAGUCUAGAUCUCAAACUGCAUACGCUGCAAGACCUUCAAGAAGCCAUCUUGGCAUAUGGGAGGAAAGAGAGAGAGCAGAACAGAGCAUGGCAACCGUAUCUGCACUUCCAAAGCCAGCCGGAGAGCAAGCCCCAACGGCAGAUCCAGCCUGGGUAUUCAGCCAAGAGAUACCUCCGAGGCCUCUUGUGGAAAUGGCCCCCAGACUCAAUGUACAGGCUCCAGUGUGCAGGAUGCAUCAAGGAUUCUGUUCUGCUCCAGGACCGUCAACUUAAUAUACCAAAGAAUCUUAGACCACACCAGGACCUUUCAGGUGUUCCCCCAAAAUACCACUUCCUGCCUGUCUUCCCUACAUUUUGGACUCAACAAGGUAACUCUUUUGAACAAGGUCACCAGGGCCUGGAUGAGUGGGAAGCUGGGGCUGAUGGUGAUGUGAACAAGGGCUCUGCAGCCAAGAACCACGGCAGCCAAGGGGUCCAUUGGCCGCCACUCAGGAAGCACCUUCUGCAGGAAGACAAAACCCAGGCAGAGGACACGUCAACAGAGAAUCACCAUCACAUGCAUGCUUCAAAGGAAAGUCACAAUGAAAAGACACGACAAACCUCAGUGAGAGCCUUGGGGCAUGCCCACAUAGAUCAUUCUUGGCUCCGGAGCGACAAAUCCCACAUUAUGUUCUAUGGAGACUCCUUCCCCAAUAGGAAGGCAGAUCUUGGUGGCAAAGAAGGAACUGUGAAACUCCUCAAGGACAGAAGUAGACACUUAUUACAGGAGCCGCCUGUGGAAAGAUGCCUUUUUCCUUCAGUUCCAUCAGCCUCCGGCCUAGCAAAAAACACCUCUGAGAAAGUGAAACAGAAAAAGAUGUCAAAGCCUUUGAAACUACCUCCUAUCUCAAAAGAACCAUCUAGAGUCCUGGACCCCCUAAGGAGUGAAUUUAAAGCCAAGGAGCCCCCAAGAGAGCUCUUCAUCUUCCCACUGGAGAUCCAUUUCCAUAAGCAUCACCUCUCAAAAGAAAAAUCCCACAGAAGAGAUGCUCCAUACCCUGCAUCAGGACCAGAAAUGCUAGAAGCCAAGCCUUUAUGGAGACCUCCUCUGAAGUACUCAUCCUCAGAACGGCCAUGGUGGUUAAAAGAGCAUCUCCCAGUGGAUAUGUCAUCACCUCAAGAUGAUAAAGCCUCUGCCCAGGAUGCAGUCCCAUCACUGGGUCCUGUGCCCCUGAUCAAAGGAGGAAGAGAGUCAGAGAGCCAGAGGGGCCUGGACAGCCCCAGGACAUCAGGCUGCAGCAGCCCCAUGGGUCCCUCAAAUGUGAGACAGCCCAGGAAGGAGCUCCCAGCAGAAGGAAAAGAUUCCAAAGACCCAACACUGGGACACUUCUUCCUGAGUCCAGAGGGAGGAAAAGUCUGCCUGUCCAUCCCGGGACCUACUGAAAGUGAGGAUUUUCUGCCAGUUGAAGCCUACAAAUCUGUGAAUUCCAGUGCCAUUCAUUAAAAGGAGGAUCCUGCAAUUAAGUAUGUCCUGAAGAGGGUGCAGCCAGAGUCAAACACUGAAGAUGGAAUCAAUCAUCAUGAAACCACAUCUGUGAGCUCAAAGCCAGCUGAGCAGGGAGCCCAGCAGUCCUUGGAGGCAGCAGCUCAGAAGACAGGAGAGCCUCAAAGUUGUAUAAAUAAAGAGCUGAUAUGUUCAAACAGAAAAGAAUUUUACACGCGCAAGCUGCACAUCGACAUGACGCCGUUCCUGAAGGAAAGUAGAGAUGACCUGGACCCUUAUGAAGAACCAGAAGAACCCCUGGAAGAAAAUCAUCAAGACAGUCAAGAUCCCAACGGCCAGAGAAGCACCACCCUUGAGCCUCUCAGUUCUUCCCUGCAUGAGCACAGUCAGGUCCUGGAGCCUCACUCUGUCCAAAAGGUGAACAGAGAUAAUGAUAGACACCCCCUGCACAGAGGACUUCCAGGACAUGAGCUGGUGACACAAGAGAGAGUAGAUGCUGUAGCUACAUCAACUCUCCCAGGAGAAAGAGAAAGAAGACCUGAAACAAGACGGUUCAAACAGCGGACACCCACCAGCAUCAGUACUGAGAAGGAACUGACUGACAAAGCCAAGAGAAAGAAAAGAACAAAGACAGACAAGUUCAAAGUCCCUACAGGGGAGAGAGAAGGAAAGAUCCACAGUGGAACAGAAGCUGCUGUUGGAAAGUCAAAGAAAUCAAAGGUUGAAAAGAAAUCAGAGGUAACCCUCAAAGAAAAAAAGCCAGGAGCCAAAAGGAAAAAGAGGCAGAAGGUCAAGAAUCUAGAGAUAGCUGAGUCGAGUGGGCCUGAUGUCAACAGUGCUGAGGAAAGAGAAGACACCUCGGAGAGAGAGUUCUUCCCUCCAAGCCCCAUUGUAGAACACCUGUGGCUUUCUCCCAAAGAUGAUGCUCCAGAGACCCAAGUCUCUAUAGAUGAAAGAUCCUCGCCCACCCAGCUUGUAACAGUCACUGAAAACCUGGAACCCGAAGAAGAGGAAAGUCAUGAUGACUCAGCCAAGGCCCUCUUUGCCAAGAGAGAGCAGGAGAAAGCGUCCCGGGACAGGCUUCGAGCAGAGAAGGCUGAGAUGAGACGCCUGGAGGUGGAGAGGAAGAGGAGGGAGCAGGAGGAGCAGAGGCGGCUCCAGCAGGAGCAGCUGGAGCGGGUGGAGAAGAUGAAGCAGGAGCUGGAGCUGGAGCAGCAAAGACGCGCGGAGGAGAUCCGCUUAAGAAAGCAGAGGCGCGAAGACGAGCAGCGGCAGCAGGAAGAGGAGGAGAUACGGCGGCAGCUGCAGUUGCAGGCAGCUCGUGAGCGCGCUCGGCAGCAGCAGGAGGAGUUCCGGCGGAGACUGCAGGAGCUGCAGGAGAGGAAGCAGCAGGAAGAAGCCGCGAAGGCUGAGGCAGAGAAACAAAGGCAAAAGGAGCUGGAAAUGCAGUUAGCAGAAGAACAGAAGCGCCUAAUGGAAAUGGCUGAAGAAGAGCGGCUAGAGUACCAGCGGCGGAAACAGGAAGAGGAAGAGAGGACUCGGCUGGAGGCAGAGGAGAAGAGGCAAAGAGAAGAGGAAGCGGCAAGGCUGGCUUUGGAGGAAGCCAUGAGGCAAGCCCAGGAACUUGCCAGGCAAAAAGCUAAUUUGGAAGAACAUCUUCAUUUCCGUCAAGAGUUCCUUAAGGAAGCCAGCGGCCUGCAGUGGACACACAACAUUUCCAGACCAUGGGUAUACUCUUAUUUCCAGUUCCUGCAAAUUCCAAGCAUUAAGGCAAAAGAGAACUAA